AUGGCCGGGCAGCGGCCCCCAAGCAAGACAGUAGUCCGCCACACGGACCGCUGUCAAGUGACGGUGCCAGUUAGCCUUAGUCCCGUCGCGCCCACAAAAACACUGAAGCCCCUGAUUUCCGUCCGUGCCAGAGGCAUCCAGUCCGCGAGACUCGGCGAGAGUCAAAGUGACCGCGACCCAGUGUCCUCAGCGACUGCAUCCAAGCUUCAGGGUGGACCCCAGGGGCCAGGGAAGCGGGAAGAGGCGCAGCCUCUGGGCGGAGUUCCCCAACUCUGGGCAGAAAGCUCAGGCUGGCUCCCCUCCAAGCCACCCUGGGCCUGCUGGCCCAGUGCUGAGCAACAAUCUGUUUUUUUUUGCAGAUGCGAAGGAAAAUCCUCAGUUUCCUGCUGCCCCUGGGGCCUGAGAUGUCCCAUAGAAAAGAAGCUUCGCCUUCAAAACUCUUUCCUGUCCUCUUCCUCUGGUCUGGGGGCUCAGCCCACCCAGGACAGCCCCCUGACUCUGCUCCUGACCGCCGCCCUCCCUGCUGUGCCCCAGCUUCCCAAGUGCCUGAUCAGAUGUCAGCCGCUCUCAUCUGGGAGUUUUGAGGCGCCCUGCAUCUUCUUGCUGCCUGCUUUUGCCCCCCUCUUCCCAGGCUGCAGCUGCUUGGCACAAGUCUGGACCCCUGAGUAUCACCGAGACCCAGGAAGAUUCGUCCUCUUCUGUUUGCAGGCUAGCAAUGGACUCAGUAUUCACCUGGUCUCUUGGAACUGUAAGUGCCCCACAGGUCAGCGCGUGUCUGUCAGGCCCUCCCGCUGGGGGCCGCCAUCCACCCUCUCACACCUGGGGCGAGCAGUCCCCAAGGAGACGCUGCCCUGGCGUCCCGCACUCUGCCCAUGAGAGAGGGCUCCUUCACAUCUGUGUCUGUCCCUUGGUCCCUUGGUCCCUGCCUGCCUUGGACCCUGCACACAGGACAAGCCCAGGGGCAGCCAUGUAGCUCCAGGAGGUGAGC